UCUCCUCCACAAUUCCCUUUCUUGGUCUGGCGAUGAUAAGUGCUAGCUUUACUUAACCCGGAGUUCUUUCUUUCGUCUGCUACUUCAUGGAUGCUGCUCUUUUCCAUUAUAAUCUCUUCUCGUCAUGGCCGUUCUCACUUUCCCGAACUCCCUCAAUCUCUUGUUCGGGUCAAGGAAUCACUUUCGUCGUAGAGGGAAUCGGUGCAUUUGCUCAUUCUCCAGGGUAACCGGAGAGAAUUCCACGGCGAUUCUCUGGUUCAAGCAAGAUCUCCGCGUCGACGACCACCCUGGCCUCCUCGCGGUCUCUAAAUAUCGAGCCGUAGUUCCUCUUUACGUCUUCGAUCACCGCAUUCUCUCUCGUUACUCUGAUGAAAUGCUAGAACUUGUUGUUUUUGCAUUGGAAGAUUUGAGGCAGUUUUUGAAAGAGAAAGGAUCCAAUCUGAUGUUCAGGUUUGGGAAUGCAGAAAGCGUCCUACAAGAGCUUGUAACAAAGGUGCAAGCUACCGAUGUAUAUACCGAAGAAGAGGUAGAGUAUGAGUUAGUAAGAAUAACGGAUAUUGUGAAAGGUACAUUGGAGAAGAUUUCCUCUUUAGAGGAAGGCCCGAGGAUUUCACUAUGGCAGACUCCAUUUUACAAGAUUAAGGAUCUGAAGGACCUGCCUGCAUCAUAUGAGGACUUUAAGAAACUUGAACUACCUCCAACAUCACCAAUUCUGGCCCCAGCAUUACCUGGUGUAGGGAUCGAUCUGCACUGGGGUCCUCUACCUACAGUUGAUGACUUGAAGGAAUUCAUGAACAAUAAUCCAUGCAAAUCAGAAGACAGCUGGCGUGCAAUAAAAGAGAUAUCAGCUGAAACCACAUUGCAGGAAAGGUUUUCCAAAUCAGGGCAAAGAAAUAAAGACAAUUUAAAUUUCAAAUACUCCAGAAGGAAGAAGCUAGAUAAAUCUGUUUUUGUCACACAGAAGGCAAAUAUUGUUGGAGGUGGAACAAAUGCUAUAUUAAAUGCCUUGGCUGGGUACUUGAGAUAUUUGGAGGGAACAGCUCGAGAUGAUUGGCAAGAGGUCCAUGAACGGCUGCGAGAUGCUGAAAGUCGUAAUGGAUCUUCAUUUCUUAAACUUUUUGGGCCUGCUCUUUGUCUUGGCAUCAUAUCGAGAAGGAGAGUUUAUUAUGAAGCAAUCAAGUAUGAGAAAGAACGGAAUGCUGGAUUUCUUUCUCCUUUUGGAUAUUCAGCAGUCACUGUUGCUGCAGCAGCAGAUGCUGUGUGCUCAAUGGAGUGGUAUUGGCUUGUGGCUCUAAAAUGUCAAAUAAGUGAUGAAGGAAGAUAUUCUAUAAGGAUAUGGAGAUGGAAGGGCUAUCUAAUUCAGUACACAGUAGUUGGUCAUGGAGGUCCUGCUGUUCUGCUUGUUCAUGGUUUUGGUGCUUUUCUGGAGCAUUAUCGCGAUAAUAUGAAUGGGAUAGCUAAAGGUGGAAACAAGGUUUGGGCUAUCACAGUUCUAGGAUUUGGCAAAUCAGAAAAGCCAAAUAUUGUCUACACUGAAAUCAUGUGGGCCGAGUUGCUGAGAGAUUUUAUCAUUGAAGUUGUUGGUGAGCCAGUGCAUUUAGUGGGGAACUCAAUCGGUGGGUAUUUUGUUGCUAUAGUUGCUUGCUUUUGGCCUACUUUGGCCUUGUCCACAGUCCUUGUUAACAGUGCUGGCAAUGUGAUUCCUGGUUUUUCUUCUGGACAAGUUUCCGGAGAGAGACAGGCUUCAGGAGCUGCAUGGGUGGGUGCUCGACUCCUCUUGUUCUACUUGAGAUUGAAUCUCAAGAACAUAUUAAAAAACUGCUAUCCAACUAGGUCAGAGCGAGCUGAUGAUUGGCUUAUUAAAGAAAUGUUAAGAGCAUCCCAUGACCCUGGCGUUCUUGUGGUCCUGGAAAGCGUACUCAGCUUCAAUCUCUCAAUUCCACUUAAUUAUCUCUUGAGCGGAUUUGAGGAAAAAGUCCUUAUUAUACAGGGAAUGAAAGAUCCAAUCUCGGAUUCCAAAACAAAACUAGCCAUGUUGAAAGAGCAUUGUAAUGGGGUUGAAAUUAGGGAAUUGGAUUCAGGUCACUGUCCCCAUGAUGAGCUACCUGACGAAGUUAAUUCUAUCAUCUGUGAAUGGAUAGCGAACGUUAGAGCCAAGUCACUAGCAGGGAGCUUAUUUUAGUACGCUCCUUUGUUGCCUUGUUUAAUGAAAGCAAAAGAGUUUUUCCAUUUAGAAUUGCACUUUCAUACAUCCCCUAGCAUGGAUGGAAAAUCUGUCUGCUAACAUCAGCAGGUGAAUAGACAGCGGACACCUAUCUUUUUUGCUUAUUUUUUAAUAAUUCUUCUAACCUUAAAAUGUAGUUUCAGGACAUAUUUAUACUUACGGGAAGAAACAAUGAGAUCAGUCACCUCUUUCGUUA